AGGACAAAAGCAUCAGGGUGGCCUCCACAAACAGGAACCUGGAGUUUGCCCCAGGGACCACCUUAUGGAUGGGAGAUGGCGACAAACAGAGAUGGGAGAGACUUCUUCAUCAGUCACUUGACGCAAACAGCAGCAUAUGAGGAUAUACGGAUUGAUAGCUGCCAAAUCAACCCUCCAACACCACGGAACGUGGAGAUGAGGAGAGAUCCUGUGCUGGGUUUUGGUUUUGUUGCUGGAAGUGAAAAACCUGUGGUUGUUCGUUCAGUAACACCAGGUGGACCAUCUGAAGGAAAAUUAUUCCCUGGAGAUCAAAUAAUUAUGAUAAAUGAUGAACCAGUCAGCAGUGCUCCAAGGGAGCGAGUGAUUGACCUUGUCAGAAGCUGUAAAGAAUCUAUUAUCCUUACCGUUGUGCAACCAUACCCUUCUCCUAAAUCAGCAUUUAUUAGUGCUGCAAAAAAAGCAAGGUUGAAGUCCAACCCGGUGAAGGUUCGAUUCUCAGAAGAAGUGAUUAUCAAUGGCCAGGUUUCCGAAACAGUCAAAGACAACGCUCUUCUUUUCAUGCCAAAUGUCCUAAAGGUUUACUUAGAAAAUGGACAAACCAAAUCAUUUCGUUUUGACAGUGGUACUUCCAUAAAGGAUGUUAUAUUAACACUCCAAGAAAAGCUUUCUAUAAAGUGCAUUGAACACUUUUCUUUGAUGCUGGAGCAACGUACAGAAGGAACUGGAACUAAACUCCUUUUGCUGCACGAACAGGAGACGCUAACUCAGGUGACACAAAAACCGAGCUCUCACAUGAUGAGAUGUAUGUUCAGGAUAAGCUUUGUUCCAAAAGAUCCAGUUGACUUACUCCGGAGGGACCCAGUGGCCUUUGAAUACUUAUAUGUACAGAGUUGCAAUGAUGUUGUGCAAGAGAGAUUUGGACCAGAGUUGAAAUAUGACAUUGCACUGAGGCUAGCAGCACUACAGAUGUAUAUUGCAACAAUCACUACUAAGCAAACACAGAAAAUUUCUAUGAAAUAUAUUGAAAAAGAAUGGGGAUUAGAGACUUUCCUUCCUUCUGCCGUGCUGCAAAGCAUGAAAGAAAAGAAUAUUAAAAAAGCACUUUCACACCUUGUCAAAGCUAAUCAAACCCUAGUUCCUCCAGGAAAAAAGCUUUCUGCUCUACAAGCCAAGGUGCACUAUCUCAAAUUUCUUACUGAUCUACGUUUAUAUGGAGGUCGAGUAUUUAAAGCAAAACUGAUUCAGGGAGAAAAGCAAUCAGAUGUAACUUUACUAGUUGGGCCACGAUAUGGCAUCAGCCAUGUAAUUAACACAAAAACAAACCUUGUUGCUUUGCUUGCCGACUUUAGCCAUGUUAAUAGGAUUGAGAUGUUUACAGAAGAUGAAAUAACUGUCAGAGUUGAGCUCCAUGUUUUAGAUGUAAAACCUAUAACUUUACUUAUGGAAUCAUCAGAUGCUAUGAAUCUAGCCUGUUUAACAGCGGGAUAUUAUCGGCUACUAGUGGAUUCAAGACGUUCAAUUUUUAAUGUGUCUAACAACAAGAAUACAGCAAGCAGAGAAAUUGGAAAUGAAAUCCGAGGGAAGCAUGGAUAUCAUGAAUAUGACUGGAAUUACUUACCAAAAUCAACUAUCUAUGCUUUUGAGGAAAAUCAAGAUGCUCAACAAAUAUUUACAGACUUGAAACAGAGAAAUUCAGAUGGUAUAGAUAGUUCUUUAUGUCUCAAAGACCAUCAACAUUUAUAUAUAGAGACAACAUUUAAUUCAGGAGAACUUGAUCAGCAGCUAACCAAACAAUGUGCUCACAUAGAUUUAGAGAAUAGUCUAAAUGUGAGCCAGCCAUCAUUAUUGUCAAUCUCAGGAUUGGAACAAAAUAAGGCAGCCCAAGACUCACCUAGGAGUGCAAAAGUGUCUUUUAUAUUUGGAGACCACAACUUGGAUACAAUAAAUCCUCAGACACUAGGCUAUGAAAGACUGAUGGAUGAGAGCCCGGAAAUGUUGGACAAAGAAAAUGUAAUUUACUUAAAUAAUGCCAACGAUAUAAAAGACAUAGAUCUUUCAUCGGAUACUGAUAGUAUCCACUUUGCUGCUAAUGCUGUUUAUGCAAAUAUAUCUGAUGUUAAAAUUUUUGGUAACACAGAAGGAUUAGAAGAACCUUUGUUACAUGAUAUAUGUUAUUCUGAAACUACAGAUUAUGUUGAGGAUGAAGAUGAAGCCAGCUGUGAGGAGGACAUCAUGGUCCCAGAAGAAAGUGGAGCAGAUAUUCUCAGCAUUUCAGGAUCAAAUGAUGAUAUUAUUGACCUGACAUCACUUCCACCCCCUGAAGGAGAUGAUAAUGAAGAUGAUUUUUUGUUGCAUUCCUUAAAUAUGGCUAUUGCUGCUCCUCCACCUGGAUUUAGAGAUAGUUCUGAUGAAGAGGACUGCCCCAAUCAGUCUGCAUCAUACAGUGAUAAAAGUGGAACAGUUAUUGGUAUGAAAAAUGAUGAUAUCCCUGUAUCUCUAAUUGAUGCAGUCCCAACAAACACAAAUGAAAAGAGUGAUACAAUCCUGGAAGAGGUGGUUACAGCAGAUCUCAACACACUGCAAGAUUUGUCUAUCUCAGAAGAAAGCCAUACGGAUGAUAACUCAGGUGUAACUAUACUGAGAGCUUAUAGCCCUGAAUCAUCCUCUGAUUCUGGUAAUGAAACUAAUUCUUCUGAAAUGACAGAAAGUUCAGAACUAGCAACCGCACAAAAACAAUCAGAACAUCUUGCGCGUGCAAUUUUGCCUAUUGGUGAAGGAUUUACAUCCAUGAUAGAAGAACAGACUGAGUUUUCAACUAUAAGAAAUCAAACAGAAAGUAUCUCUGUAAAAUCCACAUCUUCCUUAAUGAACCGACAAGCUGCAGAAAUACAAUCAAAAGCCGUGCCUUCAAAACCAAUCAUUCACUCAGAUAACAUUGAAAUGGAACCAGAGACUAUGGAGACAAAAUCUGUUACAGAGUAUUUUAAUAAGAUGCACAUGGGGUCAUUAGUUUAUUCAUGUAAAAGGAAAAAUAAAUUAUCUGAUGCGGAAAUAAAAACCCAUUUUGAUGUAAAUGUUGCAAUCAAGAAACAGGGAAGUAAACGACCAGAUGAUGGCGAUUCCACAGCAAAAUUUGAAACACAUUCUGCGAAAGACUGUCAAUUUCUAUCCAAUUAUAAUUUAGAAAGAACUGCUUUUCGUAAAGACAAUCAAAGGUGGUAUAAUACUGUUGACAAAGGGGCAGUUGAAAAACUAUCAUCAGAUGGAGCACAUGUUAAGACGUUGCCAAGACUUUCUGGUGCUGGUAAAAUUGAAGCUGAUACCAAGGAAGUUGUAAAUUCUGAAGCUAUAUUUUCAGUGAAAGAUGAUUUAUUUAUCUCUAAUGCAAAUUUUAUUUCUUCUGCUUCCAAAGAAAAUGUUGGCACUGAAAAUAUUGAUGUUGCUGUGGAAAAUAUGUGUAAGCUUGAGUCUGAUCCAAGUAUUACUAGAAUUUGUGAGUACCACAUGACCAAAAUCAUGCCAUCUUUUCAAAGUGAAGGACAAUUUUCCCUUCAAAGUUCUCAAUGUUCUUCCUUGGAUGCAGGAUGUAGCACUGGCAGCAGUUCAUGUGCAACCCCUGUUGAGUCUCCUUUGUGUACCUCGGAUGUUAAACAUAUUCUGACUGAUGCAUCAGUAAAAAGUGGAGGCUAUAAUGCUCAAGAUGAAAGACCUUCCAUGCUUCCAAAUCAUGGAACAUCAAAUACAGAACUGCAACAACAAACUGAAUCUGCUUGCCACAGAAUAAUUGUUCCUGGUAUGCACACAACCAUGAAUGCAGAACCAUUGUUUGGUACUUUGAGAGAUGGAUGCCACAGAAUUUCAAAAAUUAAAGAAACCACAGCUUUCACAGAACCUGCAAAAGAUAGAAGAGGAGGUGGCAUGCCUGCAGCUAUUUUAAAACAUCCUAAAGGUGACACUCUAUCAGCAUCCGACAUUUGCUCCGAGUCAAAUGUGCCAAUUCAAAAUCAAGACUCUAAUCAUUUUCACCAAGGGAACCAGGCAUGUGACAAAGAGUUGGCUCCACACUCAAAUGACAGUAUAGGAGGAAGUCUAAGAAUGCCCCAUAGCAGUAAGACACUGAGACGCAGCAGCAGUGUCAUAACCAGGUCCCCACAUAUGGAGUCAGGAGACAAGAAAAUUGCUUCAAUAAGUUUGAGUCUAGAAGGUACAGAACCAGGACUGCCCAGAUCAGAAAAGAGAAUUGAACUACCAUUGGGUAAAAAGCUAUCAAAAAGCUGUUCCCACAGUUCUAUAUGUGAAAGUAAAGAAAGCAGAAGGGUUUCUGCUGCUGGUUCUAUGCAAAAGGUACAGAAACAAUCUAGAUCAUUGCCUUUGUUGAAGCUGGAUGCAAGUAAUUGGAGAUGUAGGGGCCCGUUUAGUUCCUGCUUUCAUAACAGGGCAAAUAAUGCAGAUGAAGAAGAUGAUGAUUGUGAAGAGGCUGAAAAUGGAAAUAAUAAUGAAAUGAAGCAAAUACAAUGUGUGUAUUUACCACAAACACCAGCUAAUAUGCAAAAAGAAGGAGAUGCACUUUUAUCAGUAGAAUGUGGGACUAAAGUAAUAGAAUCACCAACGGCCACUAUUAGAAUUGCCACAAAAUAUUCUGAGAAUGAAACCAUGGUUGGGCAUAUUGAACCUACUUUUUAUGACAUGGAGUUUGAGGAAAAAAUUGCAAGAAUAAAUGCACUAAAAGAAAAUGUUUAUGCAAUACCUGAUGGAUACCAUGCUGCUCAAAAAGAUGCUAAUGAGCUACUCUGCCUGAUUAGGUCAAAUGUUGGAAAGGGGGAAGAUGCAAGUCUGGAAAUGUAUGACUUUGAGCUCUCUCAAUACAAACAACGUUUGUCUAUUGAAUCAAGGCAGUUAGGAAGUGCCUGUAAAAAAAUGGCCGGUGCUGACAAAGGCCCAGAGGAAAUGCUGUUAGCUAUGACUUCUAGCUUUCAAAUUCUCUGUUGUUUAACGGAAGCCUGCAUGCAAUUAGUUAAAGCUAUGAACUCUGAAACACAACAACAUGAAAUUAUAGCUAAAAUAGAUGAGGUGGUACUGAACUAUAUCAGUUUGCUGAGAGCAGCGGAAACAACAUCAAUGAAGGUAUUCAGUGAUCCCAGUGUAAGGCUUCUAGCUCGACAUUCAAGUACUAUGGCUGCCAUUGUAAGCACACUAACUCGUUCUCUUAAAAUGCUUUUAAACAAGUAA